GAUUUCGAAAUCAAACAAAAACAUUUCGGAAAGGGUAAGAAAAAAGAAAAAAAAGAAGGAAAUCACGUCUUUCCUUCAACAACAACCAACCUUGAGGGGGUUGAGAUUUAUUUUAUCUUCUUCUUCUUCUCCGUUUCCGAUCUUUCUUCUCCACUACGCCCUAUUCAUUCGAUCUCUAGACAUAAUACAACUAAAGAAAGGUUUCUAUUUCGGAUCUGUACUCUUUUUUUUUUGCCAUGGAUACUCUUAAGAGAGGACGGCCUGAAGCCAACUCCAACGGCGGCGGGUUUAAGAAGUCUAAGCAAGAGAUGGAAUCAACUGGUUUAGGAAGCAAAUCGAAGCCAUGCACUAAAUUUUUCAGCACUUCUGGCUGUCCUUUUGGAGAGAACUGCCAUUUCUCGCACUAUGUUCCCGGAGGAUACAACGCUGUAGCACAGCUGACAAACAUGGCACCACCCAUGCCUCAAGUUUCAAGAAACAUGCAAGGAUCUGGUGGUGGUGGAGGGAGAUUCUCAGGCCCUGGCCACGUCUCCAGCUUUGGUGCCUCGGCCACAGCAAAAAUCAGCGUGGAUGCUUCAUUGGCAGGCGCAAUCAUUGGAAAAGGUGGAGUCAGUUCUAAACAGAUAUAUCGUCAAACUGGGGCGAAGUUAACGAUUCAAGAUCACGAGAGAGACCCGAACCUGAAGAACAUUGAGCUUGAAGGAACGUUUGAGCAGAUAAACGAGGCGAGCGUGAUGGUUAGAGAGCUUAUUGGGAGGCUUAACUCGGCAGCUAGGAGACCACCUGGUGGUGGUGGUGGGAUUGGUUCUGAAGGGAAACCGCAUCCAGGGAGCAACUUCAAGACGAAGAUGUGUGAGAGAUUCUCUAAAGGAAGCUGUACAUUUGGUGAUAGAUGCCACUUUGCACACGGGGAAGCGGAGCUACGCAGGUCAGGAAUCCCCUCCUGAGUUAUUGUUGGAGUUAAGAGAAGUUUACUUGCAAAACAAGUCUCUUCUUCAUUGCUAGAGUCACGUAUGUUGUUUUCUUUUGUUUAUGAGAGAAUACAAUGUUAGUUUCAUUGUCAUUGUAUGGUUUUUUAGAAUUUAGUUUUUGUUAAAUCAAGUUUGGGAGGUUUCAUGAAUGAUAUUUCACAAACUUGGAAACAAACAAUGGGUAGGAUUUGUAUGCUGCCUUUAUUUUUAUUAUAUUCAUGUUUUCUCUGGCUA